UCGGUUGCUGACGGCCGUAUUUAUCAGCCUAUAUUCUCCGGCCGAAUUAGCACCUCGCCGGCCCAAUGAGCGCCGUGCCCGAGCUCGAGGACUAAUUCCGGGGCGAGCCCCUGCGGGCAGGCCUGGCAGGGGCAGCGCGGGCCAGGGGCGCCCGCCGCGCCGCGUCGCCUGGCAACUCGGCAUGUAAACACCAGGAACAAAGACGGAGCCUUCACCUGUCCGCUUAUUUGGACUCGUUUUCUCGUUACCUGAGGCGGUAGACUUUUCUCCUCUCUCCAAGCAAUGAUCUUAGCCAGACAGCAGGUGAGGGCCGGUCGUUGGAGGAAAUGAGACGUGGGCAGCACUCACGGGCAGGCGAGACAAGUGCAGCGGUUAUCUAUUUUUCAGCCAUAGCAUUGCCGCAAGGGUAUGGUCUGGAAUGGCAAGAGGAGAGAGUGUGAAUAAACAAGAAGAAUCACUGACACACACUGUUGAUAAACCCUGCACCACAGUACUUGACAGUCUUCUGACUUCAUUCAAAGAUUCGCUUGAUACACCAAAAGGGAUAGUAAGACUUUGUAAUGUCCAGGAAGCCAACUCUGAAGAAAAAGAAAAGAGAAGGCCACUGUCAAAGAAAGAUAGUUGCAAAUGGUCAUGCAAGAGUUGUGGCUUCUUGAAUGUAGCAUCAACUGAACAAUGUGUAAUAUGUACAAAAUGGAGGCCCAGAUUACCCAGACAGGCAUCUCAUCCCGUGACUGGCAUACACCGAUGGUCAUUUCUAGGUGCAAAUGACCUUGCUCAAACUACAGCCAAGAAGAGGACCAAUGGGAAAGAGAAGUGGACAUGUCCAGAGUGCAAAUUUCUGAAUGUGGGCCAUGCUAGUGAGUGCAUCAUUUGCAGCACUCCAGAAGAAGGCAGUAAACCCUCAUUGGUACCCAGGGAAAUUCUUAGUCCUGUUGCUGAUGAAAAUGGCUCCACCUCUCGAAAAGCAUUGUCUAGGGUCUUCGCUGUGGCAAACAUGAGCUCAAACAGUCUAGUCUCCAAAGCAGUCAAACUCAGUUGGAAGUGCAAACAGUGUCGACAUUAUAAUUCGGCACAUAGUUCAACAUGCUCAUCAUGCAUCAAGCUGAUCGGUAGUAGUGGCAACACCAAUGUAGGAUAUGGUAGCCAUAUUGACAAUGCCAUUACUCCUGUGGAGCAAGUAGAGGGCUCAUUAAUGGUAGAAAACACACUUUAUUUUUUGGGGAAUAAUGCCUCUGCACUAACUUCACCAGAAACAGAAUGUAAUCGGUCGCCAAAGAGACAAAUUUCUGUUGCUCAUGGACAAAUACGAUCAAAGUUGAGCAGAUCAGAAGAUAAGCCUUUAUGUGUACAAGUUCCAGAAAAAGAUCACAAAGAAGACUGUGAUUUAGUUGUAGAGCUAGAUAGUAAGAAAAUUUAUGACGUUGAAAAUAAUAACAGUGAGGAAAUAGAGACUUGGGAAUGCAAGAGAUGCACUUUAAAAAACUUAAUAGAUUUUGAGUAUUGUGAAGUUUGUGAAGCUCCAAGAAAGCCAAACAUCCCAACAACAUUACCAAAGAAAAACAAAAAUAUAUCCAGUGUACCAGUCAGUGAUAUAAGAAAUGGAAAUGAUGAUGCUGCUGCUAGUCAGAAGGCUGAUGUUAAGCUUCAGUCGGGAAUACCCAAGCUUCCCCUCAGGAAAUCAAUAAAUAACCCUUCAAGUUUGAAUGUUGCAGACUCACUUGUCAAGUUUGUUGCUAGUAGGUUGUCAUCACCUUCAGAGGGUAGUAUGUCUGGACCAGCGAAUGUUGUGCAGGAUACUAAACCAGACACCACUCCAGCAGGAGUACCAUCACAGGUGGUUGACCUGACUCGGACAACUAGUCAGGAAGAAUACACUCUUGAUGAGUCUGAUAUGUGGUCUUGUAGCUUCUGCUCAUUUGCUUACAAUCCUUCAUGGUCAGAAACAUGUGAUGUUUGCAGUGGAAUGAGGGAUCAGGAAGUAAAUCCCAAAACUAGAGAAGUUUUAAAUCAGGGUUUAGAUGAAGAUUUUCAGCUACUUACCACAGAUUUAACUGAGGAGGGUGAUUCACCAGAUCAGAGUUGGACUUGCAUAAAGUGUACCUUAGUAAAUCCUGGUGUUGAGAAUGCAUGUAAAGUGUGUGGUGGCUCAAGGUUGAAAAGUAUUUGCUAUGUAGAUGAUGCCACUUUAAAAAGAGGAGAAUUUUGGACCUGUGUGGUUUGUACUUUAAAAAAUCCCAUUUUUGCCCGACGCUGUAAAGCCUGUAAGGCUAAAGUUGAUGGAACUGGUGGGACAAGAGAUAAACUUAGUUCAAACGUUGAAUCCAAGUCAAAGGAUUCUCGACCAAAGUCGGAACAUAUCAGCAGUUUAAAUUGGAAUAUGGGUGCCCAAAAAUCUCCUAGCCUACAAAGGAUGAGUUUAAUGGAUACUGCUAAUGCUGGUGGUGUCAAUACAGUCACACAAACUGAUAAUCAAAAUGGUGCUCAUUGUAAUGAUAUAUCUAGUCGAGGUAAUGGAGCAAUACCAAAGUCGAACAUUGUUGCUGGUUGUCAGGGGUCUGGUAGCUCUCAGACAUCAAGAUCUCCAACAUCAACACCAGGAUCCCCAGUUGACCAACCAAGGGAGCUUGUGGUGUCUUCUACCUCGUCAUGGAACUGUAGUGCUUGUACAUUUAAUAAUAGUGCUAGUUCUGUGUCAUGUGCUAUGUGUGGCUCAUCGCCAACCCUGGGAGAUGUCCAGGUUAGCUGGCCUGGAAAUAGAACUUACCGCGGACAGUCUGAACUCAUGGAUGUCUUAAGAGAAAUGGAAGAACAUGAAGCCUUGAAUAAAUGGACGAGAAUUGUUCAGUACUGCAAAGUGAAUCAGCAUCCAUUUGUGGAUGACUCCUUUCCACCAGUCCCAAAAUCCCUUUUCUACAACUCAUCAGAAAAGAAAGAGUCUCGGGUUACACAGUGGUUACGCCCACAUGAAAUUGUUGCAGAUUCUGACGCAAGAAAUGUGAAAUGGGCAGUUUUUAGAACACCAUUGCCUUCUGAUAUUUCUCAAGGUGUUUUAGGAAACUGUUGGCUGUUGAGUGCUCUUGCAGUGUUGGCUGAAAGAGAAAACUUGGUCAGGAAGAUCAUGGUGACGCGAGACUUUUGUCCAGAAGGUGUUUAUCAGGUUAGGCUGUGUAAGGCAGGUCGCUGGGUCACUGUACUUGUUGAUGACCUGCUUCCCUGUGAUCGCCGAGGGCACCUGGUAUACUCUCAGGCAAAGCGCAGACAGUUGUGGGUGCCUCUGAUUGAAAAAGCUGUUGCUAAAGUACAUGGUUGUUAUGAGGCUCUUGUGUCUGGACGCGCGAUUGAAGGGCUUGCGACGUUAACUGGUGCUCCAUGUGAAAGUCUCCCAUUACAGGCCUCAUCAUCACCUCAUGAAGAUGAUAUAGAUGAAGACCUAAUCUGGGCCCAGCUUCUAAGUUCACGAUCAGCAGGAUUUUUAAUGGGUGCUUCAUGUGGUGGCGGAAACAUGAAGGUGGUAGAUGAGGAAUAUAAAGCACAAGGACUGAGACCCAGACAUGCUUAUUCUGUUCUUGAUGUGCAAGACGUUGGAGGCUUUAGACUGCUACAGCUGCGUAAUCCAUGGGGCCACUACUCUUGGAGAGGAGACUGGUGUGACGACUCGAGUGUCUGGACGCAAGAGCUGAGGGAGAAGCUGAUGCCACACGGGGCUGAUGAUGGAGUGUUUUGGAUAUCAUUUCAGGAUGUGCUGAAAUAUUUUGACUGUAUUGAUAUCUGCAAAGUUCAUAGUAAUUGGUCUGAAGUACGUGUGACUGGAACUUUGCCUUCAAUAGCUGAUCGACGGGCUUUGACACCUACCCUUAUUACAGUGCUAGAACCAACAGAGGUGGAAUUCUCACUUUUUCAGGAAGGACACAGGAAUUCAGAAAACUCUCAAAGAUCACCCUUAGACCUGUGUGUUGUGUUGUUCCGUACCUCUACAACAGCCACACCCACUGUAGGAGCAUUAGUAAAACACUCCAAGAGACAAGUGCGUGGUUUUGUAGGAUGCCAUGCUAUGUUGGAGCCGGGAGCUUAUAUGGCUGUUUGCUUAGCUUUCAACCACUGGCAUACAGGUCUAGAUACUUCUGAUGGAUACCCAGGUUAUGUUCUGGCCAUUCACAGCAGUAAGAGAGUAGCUGUUGAGCAGAUCACAGCCCCAGCAUCACUUUUGGCUGACUCACUUGUGAAUCUGUGUCUGGCUAAAGGACAGCGACAUGAAGGCAGACAAGGCAUGACUGUUUAUUAUCUCACCAAGGGCUGGGCUGGUCUGGUGGUGAUGGUGGAAAAUAGACAUCCAGACAAGUGCAUCCAAGUGAUGUGUGAUUGUCGAGAGAGCUACAAUGUUGUCUCUACCCGUGCUCAGCUUAAGACAGUUGACUCUGUGCCUCCAUUACAUAGACAGGUGAUUAUAGUUUUGACUCAGCUGGAGAGCAGUGGGGGGUUCAGUAUUGCACACCGCCUCACCCACAGGCCGUCACACUCGCCUGGCCUGCAUGACUGGGGUCCACCAGGUACCAACCAUGAACCUCCUAUUGAUGCUCUAACGCAUGGCCUUCAUGCACCCAGACCAAUUUGAGUGUAAACCAUUAUGAAAAAAAAAAUUAUAAUGACAUAUAUGUGAUGAAGAUCCAACUACUGUAUGUAUUGUUAUUGCCCCAUGUAGUGUUAAUAAGAUAUAAUAAUGUACUGCACAUGUAUCGUUGUUUUGAGAAAUAAAGAUCAGGUCCCGAAA